CAUUUUAUUUCCUCUGCUGGAGCAGGGAUCAUGUCUACAGCAGCCUUUAAAUGAGAAGAGCUUUGAGCUGGAAAACGAGCUGCUUUUAGGCAAUAACAUUCUAAAUAUUCCUGUCCUGCAGUCCUGUUCCCCUGGGAUAACUGGGAUCAGCUGAAUUGUGAUUGUUGUUUGACUGUGCUGCUUUUGCCUCUGGUGACCACUGUGCUUGAUUCCUCUUGUUUUAAACCACAGCCUUGCUGAGUGCUUGGGGCAAAGCUGUGUUUUAAGUGACUCUCAUGACUACGUGAGAAGCUGCCAGCAGCAGGUCUGAGCUUCCACUCUCCUCUUCCAAAUGAGUUCCUAACCUGAUGCAUCGAGUGCUCUGGCUAGAAAAGCAGUUUCAGAAGGGCUGUGCUUCUCCCUCCUUCUCCUCUGCCUAUUUAUAUUCGCGGUGACGUUGCUGGAGUGUUUGCUUUGGAAGAAAUCUCUCCGUCUGUCUGAGGCAAACUGAAAGCAAAGCUGCAGGAGAAAGCGUUCAAAGCUGCAGGAGAAAGCAUUCCUUUCUUCUCCUGCUGGGGAGAAGGGAGGCCUGGAGAGCCAGAGGAAAUGAUCACCUGGGAAGGACAGGAAGCCUGGCAAGGCGCUUCCCGCGGGGCUAGCGAGCAGCUGGGAGAGGAGCACUGAAGAAGCCCAGCCCGGGGGAAGUUGAAAGGCAACUUUGAAGGCGAAGGAAGUCGGGGCUGGCGAAGGAGGCGCGGGCGCGCUCCGGGAGUGGCCGCGCCGCCGCCGUGUCCCCGUCCUGCUGCCGGGAGCGGCGCGUCUGGCUGCGGCUGGAAGGGGAAAAGCCGCGUUUUCUGCUGCUCUCUGCCGCCUCAUUUCCAGCAGAAGAAGAAUGCCAGCACGAAGAUGAAGUAGAGCGUUUCCUAUGCUGGCCGCACGCUGGUGUCGGCUGGGCAGGGACGGGCUCUCGCUCUGGCCAAACCCAUUCCAGGGACAAGAUGAAGCCAAGGAGGAGCUUCCCACCACGCUGGAGCCUCAGUGACUGCUGCCCACUUUUUUAAAACCCAUGUGCCACCGUCCCUGGCGAGAUGAAAGAAGUGGUGCUGUGGUCACCCGAGGAGGUGACCAGCUGGCUGACGGACAAUGCCGUGCCGGAGUACUGUGAGCCCCUGAAGAACUUCACCGGGCGGGACCUCAUCAACCUGACGGAGGAGGAUUUCAAGAAAUCCCCUCUGUGCCGGGUGUCUUCCGACAGCGGGCAGCGGCUGUUGAACAUGAUCGAGGGGCUGAAGAUGGCUCACCACAUGGAGGCUCACAAGAACGGCCACGCCAACGGGCACGUGCGCGCCGGCGACGCCGCGCGCCAGAACGGCUUUGGCGCCGCGCUCAAGCUCAAUGGGGUCCCCAACGGGUUCAAGAAGGAGAUGAUCAAGAUCCCCAUGCCGGAGCCGGAGCGCUCGCAGUAUCCCAUGGAGUGGGGCAAGACUUUCCUGGCUUUUAUUUAUGCACUUUUUUGUUUCGUCUUCACCACGGUGACUAUCUCGGUGGUUCAUGAACGAGUGCCUCCCAAGGAGGUGCAGCCUCCCCUCCCAGAUGCAUUUUUUGAUCGCUUUGAUCGGGUGCAAUGGGCUUUUUCUAUUUGUGAAAUCAACGGCAUGAUCCUUGUAGGACUGUGGUUUGUUCAGUGGCUGCUCUUAAAAUACAAGUCUAUAAUUAGCAGAAGAUUUUUCUGUAUUGUUGGCACACUAUACCUGUACCGGUGUAUUACCAUGUACGUGACUACACUCCCAGUACCUGGAAUGCAUUUCAAGUGUUCUCCAAAGCUCUUUGGAGACUGGGAAUCCCACCUGCGAAGGAUAAUGAAGUUGAUUGCUGGCGGAGGCUUGUCCAUCACGGGCUCCCACAACAUGUGUGGGGACUACCUGUACAGCGGCCACACCGUCAUCCUAACCCUCACCUACCUGUUCAUCAAAGAGUAUUCCCCACGGCGACUCUGGUGGUACCACUGGCUCUGCUGGGCGCUCAGCAUGGUGGGGAUGUUCUGCAUCCUCCUUGCUCAUGACCACUACACUGUGGACGUGGUGGUGGCUUACUACAUCACUACAAGGCUAUUCUGGUGGUACCACACAAUGGCCAACCAGCAAGUGCUAAAAGAAGCUUCCCAAACGAACCUCCUUGCAAGGGUCUGGUGGUACAAGCCCUUCCAGUACUUUGAGAAGAAUGUCCAAGGAAUUGUACCUCGCUCCUACCACUGGCCCCUGCGGUGUCCGGCGCUGGCGCGGGGCCGGCAGGUCAAGUACAGCCGCCUGGUGAGUGACACGUAACAGUGUCACCAGAGCCCCGAAAGGACCUGUCCCAAGUGCUCACAACUCCAAGAGAAGAUGCCAUAAACAAAAAUCCACCGCUCCCUAACCCUUUCUUUAGCAGCUCCCUGGACCUGACCUGUUCAGUUACCUGGUAAGCACUGUGAUCUUUUUUUCUCUCCAAAGGAUCUGCGUUGGACAACAAUAAAGAGAAUUUAACUGAUCAUGCACUGUUAUACAUUUCUUGUUGAUAGAGUUGGGAUUUGCAUUUGCCCAUCACCAUGUUCCUUUGUAUAUGAUGCGACAACAUAGAUGAAAAGCUUUUAUAUCAUAAGUUCUGGUCUUUCCAGUCACGUCUGGGAACAAAGCAUAUUAUUUUCUUGGGAAAACAUACUUUUCAUAUCUCUUGCCCCAAAGAUUGGGCUGUAAGCCAUUUUCUAGCAAAUGACUAUAUGAAGGUUUCUAAAUAUCUGCCUUGGGUGAAAUCAAGAAAUCUUUCUACCUGUUGCACCGCGCUACGAAUAAGAUGAUAGACACAGAAAGGUUUGGUAAAUCCUGAUUUUGUAGAUUCUGCAGUGACUGUGUCAAAAAAGUGCAAAAAUAAAAAAAAAAAAAAAAGAAAAAAAAACAAAAAAAAAAAAAGAGAGAAAAAAUGUAAAGUGAUUUUCUAAGUAUUUCCUAACUUUAUUUUUCAAAAUGUGUAUGAAAAAAAAAUUAAAUUUAAAAAGAUUUUUACAUGUCAGAGAGUAGAGAGUUAAAAAAAUUUAAAGAAAAUGCUUCUUGGGAGAGAGAGAGAUUUGUCUAUGUUUCUAGUGCCUUUCUUGUCUUGAUUGUAUGGUCAGUAGGCAGUCUUAAAUGUUUUUAUUUAAAAUAAAGUAUUCCAUGAAAGCAGAAUUAUAUAUACUGUAUAAUUACUAAUUUUUUGCAUUUAUAGCUAAAUUAAACUGGAAAUUUGCUUAUAAUGUUGAAAUUGCCACGUGUAGGGAAAAACCUCCCACCCCACCAAAAAAAAAAAGGGUCCGACCUUGCUCACACAUUGUGGGCAGGUCAAGCUAAAAAAGUAUCACUUUAUUGUCUACUUGGUAGCUGGGUUUUAAAAAGCAAAACAGCCAUGAAUUCCUGUUUUUUAAGAAUUUUACAAACGAUCACUGAGUGAACUAUGAAUGGUUUCUCCAUGCCCUUGUCAGAGUGUUGUUGAAAAACAACAAAGAUAAUCUAUUUCUUUAAAAUAUUUGUGCAGAAACUGCAUGUAAUUCUAAGUUUCCACUCCUACCAUACAUACUGUAUGUUUGGGGAAGUCUCCUAUCCUAAACUUGCCAAUGUGCAGAACAAAAAUAGUUUUUAUAAAAAUAAAAAGAAGAAUGAAGAAGAGAAAAAUAUAUAUAUAAAUAUAUAUAUAUAUAUAUCCAUUCUGUAUUUUACGUGAAGCAGAGUUAUCUUCUGUAGGUUUUUUGUGUAUUCACAAGGUGAUAUUUGUAUUGUAAAACAACAAUGGUGAAGGAAAAUAAAAAAGGCUUUUGAAAAAUGUAGUUUCCCUUAUCUUCUUAAUAUUCAGUUGCAAUUUAAAGCUGGGUUUAUUCUUCCAAACCUUGCCUUUAAGUUGAUGUUAUUGCACUGUAGGCCAUCCUGUAUGGAAACUGCAUUGAUGUGGAAUUGCUGUUGGGCAAAACAGUGCCUUAUGUGAAAUAAAUGCUAUGCAAUCGAUGCCGAGCGGGCGGGAGGAGCCUUCCUGGGAGCCAUCUCCAGGCCUUGAAAAAUCUACCCUGCAACUGCUGGGAUGCAGCACAGGGCAGGGUGGGCAUCCCUUCCCCCAGGAGCUGCCAGUGCUGGCCCCUGGACACCAGAAAAAAAAAGAGAAGAGAAGCCAAUUUCUGCGCGUCCGUGGUGGUGAAAAUGACUUUUUUUUCCUCAUUUCCUUUUUUUUUUUUUUGUUGGGGAUGUUUUAUCUCUGCCUCUCUGCCCUGUUCCUCAGCCUUGGCCAAAACCCUGGAGAGCUGGUGGGGUGCUGCUUCUGCUGCUCUGCCUGGGGAUGCUGACCAGGGGCAGCUCAUUCCUUAUCAGUUCUGUCCCCCUGGGAGGGAGGGAAGGAGGGAGGGGUUCCGUGGCCAAGCCCUUUGCAACAGCAUUUGCAGAGCUGGGUGGGAAUUCAGGGCUCAGCUCUGCCAGCUCUGCCUUCAAUUCACGGCUUUUUGGGGCUAAAAGUCGGUUUUUCAACAGUCCAAGCCCAGCCCAGCUGGUUUUUGAGCUGAUUUUUGAGAGAGUUGGCGCUCCCAGACGUAACCCGAGGAGUAGAUUUUUCAAGACCUGGCAUCACGCACAUCCGAACCAUUGACAUAAGUAAAUGUAUGGAUAUAUAUGCACAUGACAUUAAAUGGAAUCUGCUCAA